AUGAGUGCUCCUACUACCUGCCCUGCUUCCUCUGUCAACAAGACCCAAGAUGCCUGUCCUCUUACUCUUGUAGAUCAAGAGCCCCAGCAUACUAGCUUGGCUUCCGCAGUCGAAAAUCGUCCCACUACCAGAAAUGAAGGUGGCUGCCCCUUUGCAUCAAAGGCCAAGGACGACAUUAAGGAUAUGAUGACUCAGUCAUAUGUUGAUCAUCCCAUCACACAUGAGGUCAAGAUCAGCAACUUGAAUCAUUACUUGCCCGAAACCAAAUCAAAGAAGAGUCAAGAUUUUCUUUCUGAUCCUCAGCUUGCUAUGGCUAUGAAGGAAGGCACCAAGGUUAUUCACAGUGCUGCUGAAAAUAGUGUCUUUACAAAGCGCUUCAUGAGCGGCACCAUCAGCAUUGAUGAGUACGGCAGAUACAUCAACUCGUUGUACUUUGUAUACAAAACAAUGGAAGAUUUGUUGGCUCAACACAAGGAUAACCCACUCAUCAAGCUGGUCUAUUUCCCAUACGAGCUUACUCGUGAAAAGUCUCUGAUGAAAGAUCUUGAAUAUUACUAUGGUAAAGACCGUGUUGCUGAACUGACUGAUUUCAAGAAUAUCACUCCUGCUGUCAAGACUUAUGUCAAUGCUUUGAAAGAUGCCGCUGAAAAGAACCCCGCUCUCCUGAUAGCCCAUAGCUAUUCGCGUUACCUGGGUGAUCUCAGUGGUGGUCAGAUUUUGGCUAAACGUUUAAAGAAGCAUGUGCUCAAGAGAGAUGUCACUGACGCAAGCUGGGAUUCCUAUCAUGGUCUUGAGUUUUACAACUUCAAUCAUAUUCGUAGCCCCAAUGAAUUCAAAAACCUCUACCGCCAACGUUUAGAUGAAUCGCCUGUAACCCAAUACACCAAAGAUUUGAUUGUUGCUGAGGCGAUCUAUUCUUUCGAAUUAAACAUUGCUUUGUUUGAUGAGAUCCAGGCUCUUUCUGACAGCAAGCAGUUGCACCCCACUGUAGACUACGACGAUGUUGAAUCCAUCGAUUCCGCGCUUGGCACUACUGGUGAAACGAAGCACGCUUUCCUGCCCAACGCUGACUGGCUUGUUGGAUUUGCUACUGGCAUGGCCACUUUUGCUGUUGGAUUGUCGCUCUACCAUCGUUUCUCUGACAGCUUGUAA